AUGGACAAGUGGGAGGCCGCUCAGGCAUAUUUGCUUGGUGAGGUGCCACCUCUCGCACGUCCCGGCUUCGUCCGAUAUUCCUGGUUCGAGGUCCAGUUCAGGGUCCAGUCAGCUUUGACCGAGGAGGCUCUGAUGACUCAGGAGGCGAUGGAGCAGUACGCCCGCGGCUUUCUGAUGUUUCUGUUGGGGACGACUAUUUUCACCGACUGGGCGAAUAUCGUGCCCCUUUGCUUGCUCAGCGCUUUAGUGGAUGCCACACAGAUCCUGCGCUAUGACUGGGGUGGCGCCGCUCUGGCUACACUUUACGGCUACAUGACUCAGCUUCCCGUGGCAGCGGACAGUUGCUCGGGGGUUAUUGGCGCGCUUGGGAGUUGUGGGUCUAUGCCUACUUUCCGAGACUCACCCCCGUGCCAGAUGCGGAGACCCCUCUCGUCGUUCCAUUUUCGCGCCAUUUCAACAGGAGGUGCGUGCGGAGGCCUCGGGAGACGUUUAGCUUCUUCCGCCGCUAUUUUGACACCAUCACUCCCAUUUCUCGAAAUGGCAAGUCAUUUUCCUCAGGGCGGAGGUCCUCCAGGUGCCGGGGGUGAGCCAGACAUUAUGUCUUUACCUCCGAGGAUUCGGCCAUUUAUUCCCGAGAGGUAUCUUCCCGUAUUACACGAGGAUAUGGAUCGAUCAUCGCCAGGGAGUGGUACGCGGAGCUCCCAGAGGCCGUUCGCGAUCUGGUUGACUAGGCAGGGUUCGGACCCUUCUGCAUGGGGAUAUCACGUUAUCCAGCGAGCAGGACCCUGA